AUGGCUCCACUUCACCAGUAUGACUAUCUGCUGGCUGCAGGCUUCAUCUUUUCGUUCCUAGACGCCUGGAAUAUUGGUGCCAACGAUGUCGCCAACUCGUGGGCCACAUCCGUGUCUUCGCGGUCCGUGACCUACAUCCAGGCCAUGGCCCUUGGCUCCGUGCUGGAGUUCGCUGGAGCCGUCGGUGUCGGAGCGCGAGUCGCCGAUACCAUCCGUACCAAGGUCCUAGACCUCGACCUCUUCGCUGACAACCCAGCUAUGCUGAUGCUCGGCAUGGUCUGUGCCAUCGUUGCGUCCUCCCUCUACCUGACUGUCUGCACCAAGAUCGGUCUCCCUGUUUCGACAACCCACACUAUCAUGGGUGGUAUCAUUGGUAUGGGUGUUGCGACUGUCGGCGCUGAUGGCGUCAUCUGGGCCGACUUUGAUGCCGGUAUCAACGCUGGUGUCAUUCAGGUUUUUCUUGCAUGGAUCAUCGCGCCUGGUCUGUCGGGCGUUUUCGCCGCGAUUAUCUUCCUCGCAACCAAGUACGCAGUCAUGGUACGCAACAACCCUGUCAUCAAAGGUCUCGCCACUGUGCCCUUCUACUUCGGCAUGACCUCGUCUCUUAUCACCAUGCUUCUUAUCUGGAAGGGUGGGUCAAUCGAGACCGGCUUCAAUGGUGCCGAGGAGGCCGGUCUUAUCGUCGGAGUUGGCUCCGCUGUCGCCCUCUUCGUCGCCGUUUUCUUCGUCCCCUGGCUGUACCGCGUUGUCAUCAAGGAUGACUGGCAGCUUCGCUUCUGGCACAUUCCUAUGGGCCCCCUCCUGCUCCGCCGUCCUGAGCCUCCUGUUCAGCCUGAGGGUUUCCGCGGUGGCAUCAAGGAUUACUACGAGGGUCACCUCACCAGGGAGGAGCUCAACGCCCUUCGUGCCGGUGGCGGUCACAGCGCCGACGAAGAGGCCAACCCUACUGGCGAGACCAAGGUCCUCGGCAAUGAUGUCUCGGACGUUGACUCGGGUCGUGUCGCCCCUGCUCCCGUCGACAGACGCGAGGACCAUCUUACCGACGAGAAGAGCCCCACCGCUGGUCUUGUCGGUCCCCGGCCUGAGGGCAAGUGGAGCUCCGGCCCCGUUCUCUUCUGGCGUCUCAAGUGGGUCUUCCUCCGCGGUGUUGAUCAGGACAUCCACAAGCAGCAGCGCCGCAAGAACAUGCUCUCCGGCGAUCUCGACGAGAUUCACUCGCACGUCUCUCACUUCGACAACCGCGCCGAGUACCUCUACUCUUUCCUUCAGAUCAUGACCGCCUCCGUCGCUUCAUUUGCCCAUGGCGCCAACGAUGUCGCCAACGCAAUCGCCCCUUUCGCUACUAUCUACGAGAUCUGGAGGACCAACGCUAUCGCUGGUUCCAAGUCCCCUGUGCCCACAUGGAUUCUUCCCAGCGUCUACGGAGGUGUUGGCAUCUCCAUUGGCAUUUGGACAUACGGCUAUCACAUCAUGCGUAACCUCGGUAACCGUCUGACGCUCCACUCUCCCUCGCGCGGUUUCGCCAUGGAGCUCGGCGCCACCUGCACCAUCAUUCUUGCUACCCAGCUCAGUAAGACCUUCCCAUUUCAUUCUUUAGUAGCCUGUUGA